AGUCUCCAGGCGGCGUCUCCUCGAAACGCCACGAUCUUUUCUCUUAUUGGCCAGCCCACGUUCGUUCAUUUCCUUAACAACAAAAAGAAACCAGCAUGAACUUCAUGUAGCCAAAAGCUAUAGAAAGAGAUCGGCAAUGAAAAGCUGGCUGACAGUGUGCGUUUUAGCGGCGGUAUACGGGCUUGGCAGAACGAACAAUGAGAAGUUGGGCUCUGAAGGAACAAUUAGUUUCUCGGCCCCAACGCUAGACACGGAGGAGACACAUUCGAGCCACAUGCCGCCUCAUCUGCGCUGCGACGCGUGUCGGGCAAUUGCGUUUCAGAUUAAAGACUAUCUUUCUAAAGCUGAGAAUAAGCGGGCUAGAAAAACACAACUAAGUGAAUCGGAGUACAUUGAUACGAUUGAGCAUUGCUGCUCUCAGAAAUGGGACCAGUAUGGGGUAAAAGAGGUGAAUGGAAUGAAAAUAAUUUCUGGGCCUGGUUUGGAAGAAGAAGAAAAAAUGGGCAUGGUGAUGCUUGGAGGGCCUUGGCCAGGAAGACUGUAUAAAAUGUGCCAUAGCUAUCUUGGGGAGUAUGAGGAAGCUGAUAUUUACGAAGCCUACAGAAAAAAUCAUCAUUUCUUAGAAGAGUUUCUUUGUUUUGGAAAAAAUGGAGACUGCACAAAAUCUGGUCAAGUAAAAAAACGAAAAUCCUCUGAAAAAGAACUGUAAAAUAUUCCUGAGGGUGGAGUACAUGUUCAUGAUAUAAAUUGAUGUCAAUAUGCAGCCUUGUAUGGUAUGAAAUGAAUGAAGUGCCACACAUUUUUAAAAUUGGAAUGUUAACGUUGUGCCUUCAGAAUAUGUUGGUCUUAUGAAAAAUCUAUAAAUGUGUGUAAUUUUUAAUGUUUAUUUUUUCAGAUAUUCAGUAUUUCUUAUUUCCAUCUAAGAAUAUUCAAAAUGUUUAUUUUUAUAUAGGCGUGCCUUAAAGAAAUAAAGAUUACAAAUAAAACCA